CAGCCUGCACGGCCACUAUCAAUCGAUCAGAGAGCGGAAGAUGGCGGCGAAUUGAGGCUGAGGGGAGAGAUCGAUCACCGAAUAACUCGAUCAACCGAGGCAGCUCAAGUGUGCGUUUAUUUGAAAACAAACGAGCACGAAAAAUACCGGAGAGAUCGGCGGACCGCGUUGGAAGGCCACGGUUACACCCUGACAGGCUCCCAUUGGCCAUUCCCCAUUUCAUCAGUGACCACCUCCUUCAAGUGAUGGAUUUUCCAUGGCACAGCGGAAAGGUGCUAGAGCAGUUCAACCAACAGCGACAGAUGGGCCUACUCUGCGACUGCACCUUUGUGGUGGACGGGGUGGACUUCAAAGCUCACAAGGCCUUGUUGGCGGCCUGCAGCAUGUACUUCCGCAUGCUGUUUGUUGAACAGAAGGACAUCGUGCAUCUUGACAUCAGCAAUGCUGCAGGUCUUGGCCAAGUUCUUGAGUUUAUGUACACCGCUAAACUGAACCUGACUCCCCAAAACGUGGAGGAUGUCCUUGCUGUCGCCAGCUUCCUUCAAAUGCAGGAGAUCAUAAAUGCCUGCACUGCCUUCAAGUCCCUAAUGUCACCGCUGCGUGCCGCUGUUGAGCCCUUGCAAACGGAAGGAGAAGCCGACAAGCUGGAGGAGUUACCAAAGACUAAUGCUGGUGACCAGGAUGAUGAUGCAAUAACAUCAACAGGGACAAAGCCCAACGAUAACAGUGCUCAUUCGGCAGAGUAUGAAGAGACAGCAGGUCAGAAUGAGCAGAUAGAAAAUCCAGAAUCUGCAACUUCAGAGCCAACAACAGGGGAGCUGCAAGAACAAACCAGUUUCUCAUUUGUAGAGCCAAUCGAAAAGUCCACAGAGCACACCAGUGAGGCUAAUUUUCAGACCACCACAAGUGAACCACUGGCAACUACUCAGGAAGUGGAACUUGCUGAACUGGUAGAACAUCAUUCUGAAGCUUCUGCCCCAGAGCAUGAAGAAUUGGGUGAGAUAACGGCCCCCAUCCUGACUGAGGAGCAGAACGGGUUGGAAGGGCAAGAGGGUGAAGGUGAAGAUACAAGACACAAUUUUGAAGAGAGUGUCAUUCCAGUGAACAGUGACACCGGACAGUUGACGUACCUGUCAAGUCAGUGUGAUGGAAAAGAAGAAAACCUGCAAAGUGGGCUACCAGAGGAAGAGGAGGAGGAGGAAGAAGAAGAAGAAGAGGAGGAGGAGGAGGAGGAGGAAGAAGAAGAAGAGGAGGAAGGAGCCACCGCCUCAGAUAUGGAUGUUGAUGAGAUGAAAUUGGCCAAAGUAGACGGAAAUGAGAUGGAUGAGUGGGACGAGAAAGAACAAGCGGCUGAUGACAGUGGCUCUGAUAGUCGUCAGAUGCGAGCAGGCACCUUCAAUGACCGUAGUGAGUCCAGAGUUUAUGGCUCUGUCACCCACAAAUGUGAGGAGUGUGGAAAAGAGUUUACACACACCGGCAACUUCAAGAGGCACAUUCGCAUUCACACAGGAGAGAAGCCCUUCACCUGCCGAGACUGCAAGAAAGCCUUCUCUGAUCCAGCCGCUUGCAAAGCCCAUGAAAAAACACACAGCCCACUAAAGCCCUACAGUUGCAAGGAAUGUGGAAAGAGUUACCGACUAGUCAGUCUGCUGAACCUGCACCGGAAACGGCACACUGGGGAGGCACGAUACAACUGUGAGGAGUGCGGCAAGCUCUUCACGACUUCUGGCAACCUCAAGAGGCACCAGCUGGUACACAGUGGCGAGAAACCAUACCACUGCGACUACUGCGAGCGCUCUUUCUCAGACCCCACGGCCAAGAUGAGGCACUUGGAAACACAUGACACCGACAAAGGACACAAGUGCCCUCACUGUGACAAGCGCUUUAACCAGAUUGGCAAUCUGAAGGCUCACAUGAAGAUUCACAUCACCGAUGGACCGCUGAAAUGUAAAGAGUGCGGAAAACAGUUUACUACCUCAGGUAACCUGAAGAGACACCUACGAGUUCACAGUGGAGAAAAGCCGUAUGUGUGCAUGCACUGCCAGCGAGCGUUUGCUGACCCAGGAGCACUUCAGCGUCACGUUCGAAUUCACACAGGAGAGAAGCCGUGCCUCUGCAUGAUCUGUGGGAAGGGAUUCACCCAGGCCAGCUCCUUAAUCGCUCAUGUCCGACAGCAUACGGGGGAGAAGCCCUAUGUGUGUGACCGCUGUGGAAAGAGGUUUGUCCAGUCAAGCCAACUAGCCAAUCACAUCCGCCAUCACGAUAACAUCCGGCCCCACAAGUGCCACGUGUGUAACAAAGCCUUUGUGAAUGUUGGAGACCUCUCUAAGCACGUCAUCAUACAUACGGGCGAGAAGCCAUAUCUGUGUGACAAAUGUGGCCGGGGCUUCAACCGUGUCGACAACCUGCGCUCCCAUGUUAAGACAGUCCACCAGGGCAAGGCUGGUAUGAAGAAGCUGGUCACUAAGUCAGAGGAAGAUAUGGACAAUGACGAAGUCAAUAUUGUGACAGUAACCACCGAUGAAAUUGUCACCUUGGCGACUGAGGCACUAGCAGCCAGUGCAGUCACACAGCUCACAGUCCUUCCUGUAGCAGCAGCAGUGUCAGCCGAUGAAACAGAGGCAUUGAAGGCCGAGAUCACGAAGGCGGUGGAGAAGGUACAGGAGGCAGAUCCUAAUACCCAAAUCCUCUAUGCCUGCGACUCCUGUGGGGAAAAAUUCCUGGAUGCCACGAGCCUGGCUCAGCACGUACGCAUUCACACUGCCCAGGCGCUGGUCAUGUUCCAGGCCGACACAGACUUCUACCAGCAGUACAGUGGCACCACAGCCUGGCAGACCACCGAACAUGUCAUUCAGGCUGGAGAGCUUCUGUUUCGGACCCGUGAGGGGGAAGCUGGAGCCGAAGGAGUGGGCACCGCAGAGGAAGGAGAGCCCGCCGAGAUGGAAUGUGCCGGACAGACAGAGUAACAUCAUUGGCAUCUGAAGCCACGCUGCCCAGAAUCUUGACUUGGAGCCCACUGGACACCCCCCUCUUUUUGUGUUUCCGUCUUCUCAGUAAACCCAACAACAAAUGCCAGCCUAAAAUCUGCCCGCGCUACUCUUGUGUGCUCGUUACACGGCAUGGAUUCACUCAAACCCCUAUGAAAGAAAGAAAAAUAAAAACAGGCCAGGCUUGGCAGUGCCACUCGAUUUGGACGCUGGACAUUCAAAAGUGAGCCUGCCUGAAGCAGCCAAGCGUGGGCGAUCGGGUGGUCCGUCUGCGGUGCAUCCUGCUGUCGCAUUUCACUCGGCUCGCUUGUGUCAGCAGAUGGUGGAGAAAUGGAUACAAUAAAUCCUGUGCUUUGGUGGCAGAGAGAAACCCACAGAAACUGUGAAUGAAAUUGUACCUAAAAAAACAAACGUGCUGCGCUGCUUUUCAAACCGGAAAGAUGAUUAAAAAAAUAAAAAUGUACAUUUGUAGAUUAAAAACUAACUGUAAAGUG